AUGAACAGCACCAGUAGCGGCGGCAGCAACAAUGGCGGCGAUGACAACUCCGACUUCAUCACGGCUAUCGUGGCUUUGGUGGUGUCUGUCGUGGCGCUGCUAGCCACGUUUAUGCAAGUGUUGCAGCAGUACUAUGCGUCUGCACAAGGUUAUUCUCAGUGCAACGAAAAAGUCAUGGGCGGCUGGGCCAAUACCAAGACGAGACAGUUUCGAUUGGACGAGCUGCGAUUCGAGGUCCAAUUCGACGUGCCCGUCAUCUUCGUUUCGCCGCCCACCAACGCCAACGGACCAGUGGCAGAUGCCCCCAUCUACUAUCUCGACGGCACUCAAAAGUCCCAGGACGAUACACAUUCAACCUCGACAUUGGACCUGCGCAAGGAAUACAAGGAGAAGUCUGCAAAGGAAAAGAUUCACACCUCGGACAAUGAAAAGGCCGCCUGGUAUGUGCUGCUCUUCGCCGCCCAGCGCAUGGAGCUGGAAUCACGAGAGUGGCAGGAGAAGCAAUACAAGGAUUUUGGGCCUCCCGCAAACUUACAUGGCAUUCCAUCAAAGCCCCCAACAUUGGUGGAUCACCAUACCCUGACCGUUGCGGUGCAGCGGAAACGCAAGAGCUGGGAUACCAUGCCUCCAUCUGUCACCAAGCCCUACGCCACCACCACCAUGUGCCAUCUGAUAGAAAUGAUGGCUGCGGUCGGUGUGUAUUGGAAAGAAUUCGACCGUAAGCGGGACCGUUACUGGGGAGAGGGCAAUGGCUUCAUGAUCUUGGGCGAGAGAAUCAGUGAUCCGGGACUCAUGUUCUCUUUUCAAGUCAACGGCCAGUGCACCUUUAAACGGAAUCGUGUCAUCCCCGUCGACGAGAUCAAGGAGCUGUGCUUUGGUUAUGUGCCUACCGUCUAUCGUGAAAAGGACGACAAGCGGCGACUGAAGGGCCCCGGCGAAGAGCAGCAAAACCUCAGCACCCUCUUGAUGGGUAGCUUGCGCGAGAUUUCAGAAACCUUGACCUCGAUUGGCUGCAACAAUGUGACGACUCGAAUGUGCUUGGAUGCUGGGACGCGAAUGUCUCACCUCUUUCCCAUAUCGUUCGAGAUCCUGGGCAUGGUGAGCCGGAUAUUCCAUAUAGAAAACAGCAGUUUCACAUACCUCCCUAAUCCCACGCCCGACAGCUGGGAUAAUUCAUCAGUCUCCCUGCCCAAAAUACUUGAUGCAUUUUACUUAAAGGCUCAAUUCGACCCCAUGGGAACAAAGCAACACUCUAUCGUGAUUGCACGCUACAGGCAACAUAUUGAGCAAAUAAGGGAGCAUCUGGAUGACGAUAAGAGCCUCGAUAGAUGGCUCCUCCUGAGGUCGCUCCAUGCGGCAUUGGAUGACACAGAUGAUGUCCUCACUGCGAGGACAAAAUCACAAAGGCAGACCAGCCACGAUGCCGAGGAAGCCUCGGACAAGCCGCUGGACGAAGCUUCUCGCGCGGAAAGGCAUAUGCGUCGGCGGGAAAUUGUUCAGGAUGUCUUGAGACACCACAUCCAGGAGGUGAUUAGGCUUCUUAACCAACAAGAAGACCAAAACUCGGAUUCCCUCUCGCUCCAUCCAGAAGUGCCGGCCCCUUCAGAGAAAUCCCGCCCGAGGCCGCCGCUUCAGCGGUUUGAGGAUAUGGACGCUGCCGGACCCGACGAUCGACAAGAUAUUUUAAUGGACGUGUAUUUCGAUGUUAUUCGGCCCCAUGUGGUGUCGACUGCCUUUCGCACGACUGAUCGAAGAAACAGCCUUGUUGGAGCCCCUCCCAGUAUCCGCUCGAACACCUCACUUCUCCCACCUCACAGUCCCGCAAGUGAAUCCAUAGUCAAGGGCGGGGAGCAUUCGACGAGGGAGGUGGCUCUGCAUCUUGAAGGCCGGCGAGAGAUCUCCAUCACGGUGAGAAACGCUGCGGAAUCAGAAGACAUCCUCAGCGGUGUCUCGCUCGCUGACUUGGACGUUACCCACGAUGAUGUGUGGUGCACUCUUGUUUUCCGCAUGGUCUGUUGGCUGAUGCUGCACAACUUUAACAAGAAGGAUGUGCAGUUGCCUAAGAGCGAGCUGUUGGGGAGCCGAAUGCCGGUUUACAUUUCAUGA